AUGGGUGUUGGCCUGAAGUUUUUAGGAUGUUUGGGGAAUGAUGAGAGAACGUUUAUUGAAACAGGCAAUCAGCAUUCGACACUGGUGGUGGGAGAGGCAGCAGGGAACGCAAAUUGUGGAAAAAUGGAAGUCCAACCUCAUGUCAUUGUCUCGUCAACUGAGACAUUUCUCAAAAGGCUCUCUGCUAUUGAUCAAGUACAGCAGCCGGAAAAGUUGAAAGAACUAUGA